AUGAAACAGUGUGUAAAUACAGAGAACUCUUUAAAUAAUGAUUUCGAUUAUAAAUCUUCAUCUAUAACUAAUGAAGGAUCCUCGAAUAAUUAUCCAAUUGAAUUUCUUUCGAGUGAGGAAAACAAAAAUCCGGGGAAUCGCGAUGAGUAUUAUUCGAUUACAAAUCCUGAAAUUUCUGAAUCAAACAGCUAUUCAACUUUUAAAAGCGAAUUUUCAGAAGAUGAAUCUUCGUCUCAAAAAAUACGAAAACGUGACGAUGAUGAAGCCUCCGCAGAUAACGAAGAAGAAUCCGAUCUUGAAUCAGAUGAAAAUGGAGAAGAACUUAUGCCAGAAUCAGAUGGAAAUGAUGAACUCAAGACUGAAUCAAGUAAAAAUGAUGAACUCAAGACUGAAUCAAGUAAAAAUGUUGAACUCAAGCCUGAAUUAGGUGAAAAUCGAAAAUUUAAUCCUAAAUCAAGCGAAAACGAAGAAGCACUUAACCCUGAAUCAAGCGAAAACGAAGAAGCACUUGCACCUGAAUCAAGCGAUAACGAAGAAGCAUUAAAGUCAGAAUCAGACGAAAAUGAAAAAGAAUCAAAACCAGAGCCAAGCAAAGGCGGUACAUUUUUAGGAUUCGGAAAACCUCCUAUUUCUUCCCCAAAUGACAAUGAAGAAGUUUUACCGCCUCCACUAAGCCAAAACUCUUCAUUUCCUGAAUCUGAUGAAGAAAAGAAUGGGAAAGCAGAAGAAUCUGUAUCUAUAUCAACAAGUAAUCUGGAAGAAUCCCUCAUACUUCCAACCAUUGGUGAAGGAGGUAUAGAUUAUUCAGAUGAGACAUAUGCAUUCCACAGUAAACCAGUACCAUCUGAUUUUUCAUGGCAAACAGGAAAAUCUAGAACCAGCGGCAAGCGAAGAGGAAAGGGCCCAGCUGCUGCUGCUGCAAGAGCUAAAGAGUUUCGGCCGGAAGACAACUGGGAUGAAGAUUCAUUCUACCCACGUUCUUUCCCAAGAGCCUGGAAACUUCAAAAAGCUAAAACAGUCAAACCUCCCCAACCAAUGGUAUCUUGGAACGAGUUUUUAGUUAUGCAGGACAAAUUUCAAAAAAACAAGCUAAAUCCAAAAUUAGCACCGAAUAAUCAAUUAAGUUUGUUUCACAAAUCUAAAGAUAAUCUGUAUAAUUUUGUAAAAGAUGCAAUCAAGCGAAACAAACAAAUUGAAAAAGAAUUAAUGAAAUUAAAGAAGAUGCUGGAGAAGUAA